AUGAAAAUACCAUUAUUUUCUACGAUACAGGCUUAUUAUUUUGGUUCUUUUUCCAGCGAUAUUGAUGAAUUUCGCCUCGCAUUUCAACAAGGUUGUCCGAAAUUCCUGUCGCCAACAACCGUAGUUUAUGAAGGCACCAAUCAAGCAAAAGAACCACUAAUCCGCCAGUGCAAUGCUUUUUUGGAGGGAAUUGAAUCGCAAAUUAUGCUUCCAAUUUUGCGAGGCUAUUUGAAACUGUAUACAACGCUACCAACGCGGAAACUUGCUAGCUUCAUGGACGUUAGUGAUGCCGAUUAUGACACAUUUGUUGGGAAAUUAUUAACGUUUAAAAUGAUUGUCAAUGAGCUGGGCAAAGAAACGGCUGAGCGAAGCGAAAUUGAUGAUUCGACAACCGAUCUUGAUUUUUAUGUUGAUAAGGAUAUGAUAAUUAUUGCGGAUACGAAAGUUGCACGCCGAAUUGGUGAAUAUUUUAUCAAACACAUCCAGAAAUUACAGGAGGUUUUUUUUAGUUUGUUUAUCGAAAUCGAACGUAUUUCCUGUUUUGUUAUGUAUUUGGAAAGAAGGAGUGACCAGGGUCCAGUUUUGUGA